UUUUUUGUUUUUGCUCAUUUAAGGUUAACAUAUAUAAAUUCAUCUAAGAUACAGUUAGUAUCUUUAAAGCACAAACCCCCUAUAGGCUCAGCUGCUUUGGCAAGAGAUUGUUUGCAGACUGGUUAGCAGAUGGGACAUCUAAUAUUACUUGGAGUGUUUUGAUGAAGUGCUGUGCAGGCCUGGAUAAAGAUGCUGGGUUUGACACACGAACCAGGUUUAGGCAUGGCAUAUCUUUAAGAAGGUACGACGGCAUGGUCAAGACUGGCCAGAGGAAGACACAACUAGCCAAUGGGUAAAGGUCAAACCAGUGGGACAGGAAAGAGCAAGGAGAAAAUUUUAGGGGUUCAAAAGACAAUAUUUGACAUUAGUGGUGGGACUCAUGAGUACCCCUAGCUAGUUAUAUGACAGCUAAUUAGGGACCAAGGAACAUGGGGCUGUCAGACUCUCAGGUUCCAAAGUGUCUGCUGAGCAGCAGUUGCGCAUGCCCGGAGCUGACUGUCCCUGCUGAGCUGCAGUUGCGCAUGCCCUGAGCUGACUGUGGAGGUCUAGACAUUUUCUGUGUCUAGUCCCCGUGUAAGGGAUGUAACCUCAUUUGGCAGCAGAGCAGAGCAUCUGAAAAAGAGAGGGGAUCAAAGAGAGGAAUUGGGAGGCAGACCAGUCGUGUGCCAGACACAAAUGACAGACUUUAUUAACCCCAUUUUACAGAUAAGGAAGUCGAACUUUUGGACUGUGGCCAUACCCAGCCAGACCUGACACCUUCGAAAAUGUGUACUGUCUGGAGCCAGAACCUUCAACCCACUCUGCUCAGGGUUUGGUGAUGGGAAACCACAGGUGGCCUAAAUUUAAGGAUUUCAGUUGAAUGACAGAAGGGAACGGCAGGCUGGUCUCAGAGGGGAUGGAAGAGUGAGGGAGAGGUAAUGAAGCCGGGGCUUUGAAUCUAGCUUCCUUCUGAAGAACGUUGGCAGAGAGAGGAAGAAGAAAAGGGGGGAAAGGUUUGAGCACCUUGCAGAGCAGAGCACGGAGCAUUCAUUGUUUUUUGAACGGAGGGCUCUGCCGGUCCAUUUAUAGACACUAAUAUGAUCCGUGCGUAUGACAGGUGCUAUGCUUGGCACUGAGACAUUAUGGCGAAUAGGUGACAACAAGGAACUAAAGGGACAUAAGAGAUAUCGUCCUUGAAAGCAUCAUGGCAGGUUACCGAGUUUAAUCCCGUUGGGACAUCACCAACCUUUUUUGUUUCAAACUUCUACAAACAGACGGUUAGCUAUUUCUUUGUUUGUGUUCUCCCACGGCAACUUGUGUGGCACAUGCUCAGUAGAAGUUUGUACAAGGAAUAAGCUAUGAGUCCCAGAGACUGAAGGGGAAAAGAAUGACAAAUUUAAGAUAAGAUUUGAAAAGAGACAGGGCAUGUCACUUCUGAGACAUGAGAGAAGAGGGAGGGUAGGGUCAGAGGUCAUUGGAAGCCCUGGGGUCUAGACCAGUGUUAACCUGUGGGUCACGACCCCUUCAGGGGUCGGAUACCAAAUAUCCUGCACAUCACAUAUGUACAUUACAAUUCAUAAUAAUAUCAAAAUUAUAAUUAUGAAGUCGUGAUAAUUUUAUGAUUGGGGUCACCACAACAGGAGGAACUGUAUUAGAGGGUCAGAGCAUUAGGAAGGCUGAGAACCACUGGUCUAGAAAAGGUAGCCUAUGGACUCCAGAGUACUGCUCAGGAAAUCAACUCUACUUUACAGCAGGAAAUGGUAAGCAUAUAAGGAUGGCUUGAAAUGGGGCUGAAAAGAUGGCUCAAUGGUUAAGAGCACUGACUGCUCUUCCAAAGGUCCUGAGUUCAAUUCCCAGCAAGCACUUGGUGGCUCACAACCAUCUGAAGUGGGAUCCGAUGCCCUCUUCUGGUGUUUUCUGAAGAUAGUGACAGUGUGCUCAUAUGCAUAAAAUAAAUAAAUAAAUCUUUUUUUAAAAAAAGGAUGGCUUGAAAUGAGGUUAGUGUGGAAGCAAGCUGGAAGAAUCGAAGGUGGAUGAGUCUGAGACAGGAAGCCACGUGUGGAAGAGACUCUGUUCCAUUCUUCUUCCUUCUCCCACUGGUUCAGGGGCAUGCGACAUCUGUGCAUUCAAUAUGGUUGGGCAUUCAUGCAAAAGUAAAGUUUCCUUAUUCGUUAAUCCAGGUCAAUGUUUGCACUAAAAUGGGCACUGGAUAUGUUUUCUCAUUUGCAGAUAACAUAUGAUUAACUACUGGCUACUGAAGAUAAAAGUGUAGAGUCUUAGAAUCUUGGAGAUCAGUGAAGGGCCCGGUGAUUUGAAGAACAGGUUGAAUAAGGCCUCCCAAAAUUCUCUUUAGUAAGCAGCAGUUAUGACUGGUACUAAGCAUUCCUAACAUUAGCCAAAUUAGCCUUUAAACUUGUAGCGUUUUUCUUCUUGGGAGGUGUGUGUAUAUAUGUUUGUGAUGUAUGUGUGUGUAUGUGUGUAUAGUGUGUCUGUGUGUGAAUGAUGUAUCUCUCUCUUUGUGUAUAUGUAUGAUGUAUGUGUGUGCUUGUGUGUGUAUGAUGUGUCUCUGUGUGUGUAUGGAUGACGUAUGUGUGUGUUUGUGUGUGUAUGUUGUAUGUGUGCUUGUGUGUGUAUGAUGUGUCUGUGUGUGUAUGCAUAUGUCUCUGUGUAUUUGUAUUUUGGAAUGCUUCAUUUCAAAUCAUUUUUGCUUCACUCAGCAAAUCUGAAAAAUCUCUCCCCAGAGAGAAACAUCCUUUCUACGUCUCUACUUAUGUGGAUCCAGCCUUCUGGAAGACAUGCCCCUCUGUAUUUUUAGGUAGCAGGGUGCUGUGAUUUAAAUAUAAAACAGGAUCAUGUGUUACAGACUUGAUUGACAGAUAAAUAGCAUCUAGAAACUGACAGGAUUCAACUAGAAUCAACCAAUUGACCCCUUGAUGAAUCCGUAAACUGUUGGUGCUGCUGGGAGGUGGUGGAAGGUAGGAGAUGGAGUCUAACUGGGCUAAGUAGGUCACUGGAGCAUGCAUUAGAAAGACAUACCUUGUUCCUAGCCCUUUUCUUUUCCUCUUGACUGCCAGUAGAUGAGACACUCUUUCCCACCACGUCCUCCCACCAUCAGGUCCUGCCUAACAGUGGUCCAGGAACAAUGGCACCAGCUGACUUGAUUGGAAAUGUCUCAAGUAUGGGUCAGGGUCAUCCCUCCUCCUUUUAAGUUGUCUGUAGCAGUAUUUUUUUUUAUCAGUGACAAGAAUUGAUGAAUACACAUUUUCUAUGAAGCAUUUCAAGUUCAAGUUUAGAAACAAUUCCCCCCCCCCCACACACACACACACAACGUUGUACACAUAGCCUGCUCUCUCUUAUGGGUACCAGGGAAUCUCACCUUCCGACACACUUCCUGGCAUCCUAGGGGUUUCUCUGAAAACUUGGUAUAAGACUCCACCACCCUGUAAUUCUUUCAGUCUGCAUACCUGCCAAAGGAGCGCCAUAUGGAUGAUGCUGGCUCCUCCACCAUCUUGAGAUGCAACCAGGCCCCUUUGGGCCACCGCUGUGGUGGCUUCUGAGUGUCUGAAUCAGGGAAGUCACUUCACUCUCCUAAGUGGACUUUCGCCAGAAAAGUCCUUUCAAAUGAUUUCCUGCAUUUCUGCACCCUUCAACAGGCCACGUCUCACCCUCAAAACACCUUUGCUAUUAUUGUCCCAGUGUGGAGCGCGGCAGCAUCACUUCGGUGGCGCUAAUCAUUCUAACAAUCAGAGCAGCGUUGUCUGAUCUUGCUAUGCCUGUGGCGGGAAGACCCACACACAGUACUUUUCACGUCUCGCCUCACACCCUCUCCUCUUGGCUCCCGAUUCUCACUACAAAGCUGGCUAAAAGCGUGUCACAGCUCUGUUCUGCAGCCUGAGUACCAGGCUGUCUUGAAAAACCCCGCUGCCAAACUUUCAGGACAUGGGUAGAAUGGAGACAAAUUCUUUGCCAGAGGGCAAAAGGGGUACCUCUUCAAAUUCUCAGUAGUUCCGUUCCCAUCUGAACCCCGAUGACUCCUGUCGUCACUGGGUACAUUUCUAUCAGAAUUCUCGUCUUCUAAAUCCCUAAUUGGUAAACUCCUUCUUACAACACCCUAGGACUUGUCUAGUCUGCAUCUCCCGACUCUACCACAGUCCUCUUUUAUAAACCAAUUUUAAAGACCUAAGAGGCACAUAGUUACAUUUAACCACAUCAGUGAUCCCUCUUUUCCGGUACCGAUUUUUAAUCUUGCUUUUGCAUCUUUGUUCUGAAAUACCCAACAUACCAAGGGAGGAAAGCUAUAUUUCAGCUCACAGUCUCACAGGGUUGCAGUCCAUUGUGUCAACGAUGUCAAAGGCAUACGAGGGGCAGCCUAGUUCACAGCAUACAGGUCAGGUUGGGACCAGGAUUGGGAAUGCCCAAUUCCUAGUGACCUAUCUCACCAACAAGACCCCACUUCUUAAAGCUCUGUAGCUCUAAAACUAGCAUUGACAGCUGAGGCCCACACAUUUGCGACAUGAGCCUGUGGGGGCAAUUCUUCACUCAAGACUGAACAAAUGGUCCAAGAUUUCACAAACACAUUCAGAAACAUUGUGCUCUACUUUUAUCUUCCUAUCUUUCUCAGUUAACAACCAAACUCUAAAGAUCAGAGGCCUUUUCUAGAUGCUUGGUUUUUCUAUAUGCUUGUUCCUACUCUAGAGCUUGUCUGAUAGUUGGUGCUACAAACAUCUUAGCUGAGUAAUUGAGCCGCUGAGUAUCUGUGUAUUCUUAGGUUUGACUAGGUUUCCCCUCCUCAAAGGAAAACUGGAAAGGUUUACUUUGAAUUACAGGAGAAACUGUCAAAAAUCUCGCCACUACUCACAGUGGGAAGUAAGGUUCUAUCUUCCUGGGUUUUGUGUUUCUACUUAAGGUAGAAAAAAAUGUAUAUAGGCUCAGGCAGCAUGAUUACCCUUCCUUCCAGACUAUUGAUACAAAGAAAUGAAUUUAUCGUUGUGUUCAGGAGCACUGAAAAAAAAAUGAGAUGGGCUUAGUAAAACUACCACACAGUAAGGAAGAAGGCACAUUGAUGAGAUCAGAUCAUAACUGCAGAGCUCUUUGCUAUCACAGUCAUUAAAUAUAUCUGUGCAACAGAGCUUGCAGUGAUCAUAGGGCAGGUCUUGGGGAGGAUCCUGUCUCUGAGGGUUAGCUCUGUUCAAGCCCUUCCUAGUUCGGGGCACUUAAUGGUCCUCACCUCCAUGUGGUUAUUGCAGUUACAGCAGGUGUGGAUGAGAACUCCAUUAGGAAACCUCAGCUCAGAAUACUUUCUUGCCUUCCACCUUUCUCUCCAAUUCACCCUCAAGGCUCUGGAUUAAACAUUCCUCCCCAAGGGAACUGUUCUCUGACCACUGGAACCCGGCUGAGUUCUCUUUCUAUAGCCUUCAGUUCACCGUCAGAAUCCUUUCAUAGCCUUACAAUUUUAAGAACGUUGCUCAGUUUUGGUUUUCCCUGCACGUUGAAUUCAUACAGUACACUGUUCUGUUCCUACCAUCUGGCACCUGAUGGGAAAGAAUAGAUUAUCACUUCUGUGAGUGAAGGAAAGAGCGAAUGAAGAAGGAACAUGAGGUCACCAACAUUAAAGGUCUCUUCACAGCCUUGUGGUGACCUUUGGUCCGUAACUGGUUGCCAUCAUCUGCAGACCUAGGGAUGCUGGCAAGAAGGUAUAUACAGUCUUAUUUGCAUCUUCAAGCAUUGCUAGUACUAAGUAAAACAAUGUUAAAGGGGUUAAAAUAUUUGCUGGCUACAGAUUUCUCUUUAAAAAGGAGGAAUACACAAGUAAGUGUUCACCAAAUUGAAAUAAUUUACAAACAAACAAACAAACAAACAAACAAACAAACAAAAACCCCAAGUAGGAUAGUUGUCUUGAACCUGAAUCUUAUAGCUUCCUUUGGAAUUAUUCUGAAGUAAUGCUUUCUGUAUAUAUAUAUAUUUUAUUUAUUUCUGUACGUAUUUAUUUAUUUUUAGAGAAACAAAAUUUAGCAUUACAACCUAGUGAAUUCCAACCUUUUAAAAAGAUCUACUUGUUUUGUUAGCGAUAUUAUUCCACAACCUGAAAUGUACUCUUUGGUAUCUAAGGAGAUUAGCAGCCAAAAAAAAAAAAAAAAAAAAAAAAAAAAAAAAAAAAAAAAACAAUUAAAUUUACAGCAGGGCAACAGAUACCAUAUCUAGUACAACAGUUUGGUUAAGGAAGUAACAUGAAGGUCAUAUCAACAAGAAAAAGAACACUAAGUAGUAGAUUUCUCUGGAAGAAGCAGAAUAGAAUCCCAUAUUCUUCUUAUCUAAUAACUCCUUGUGUUUGGGGUUCAGAGAAGAGGGGGGAGAGGCGGAAGCAGGGGUGCUGAGCUUGCACGCUGGCACAGACACGGCCAGGCAGCUGGUGAAAGCAUCUGAGAAGUCAUGGUCCUGCUUCGCUCACCAGCUCCAUCUCAGACUUUAGGUUAGUGCAACCACAACGGCACGGCCUGGAGCUGGCUACAUCUGUGUGAUCAGCGAAGCAGCCGCUUAGGGUUCAAAGGCAUGGAGCCAACCAUCCCAGCAACUUUCCUGAAGAACAGACCGACGAGCAGGAACAACCAAUACAGUUUAAGGACUAGCAACCAAUUGUAUCUCUUCACACAAAGAGUCCCAGAGAAUAACAGCUGCUCACACAAGGGUGGUGGAAGAUGUGACGUCACUCUAGGGAGAGUAAUGCCUGAAGCUUCACCAAGUCGGAAGGCCAGUGGUGGAGGACAUCACAGGUUGCUUCGGAACAGCCAGCACCUCUGUCUCUCCUCUAAAAGGGUUGUCCAGUCACUGCCGUGUCCUGUCAAGGUCCCUAUGUAUCAUUUCUGCCAAGCAAGUCGCACAAAGGGAAGUGCUUCUUAUUGGUAUGUUAGGGGGUGUGUAGUGUGCACAUGAGAUCAUUUUCCUCAUGUCUGCUGAUGGACCAAGAUUUCUUCUGAAGGCAAGAGGGAUAAAAUAGGCACAAAUAAGAGGUGAUAUAUUUGGAAAUUAGUCAUUGCUAUACCUUUUUAAAUAAUCAGUGUUAAGUUAAUUACAGAUUUAAGGCACAAGAGAAGCAUUUUAAGAGACUCUAGAGACUGUACCCUGAUGUAGCCUAAAAUUUCCAAACAGAAGCAUUUAUUUGAUGGGGGAAGCUUUUAUACCGAAUAUAAUUUAUAGUGAGUUUUUCACCCAUUGUUUUUUUUUUUUCCCGUGUUGAUGUUGUAACCACAGAUUAUUAAUGUAUGUCAAGUUUGCAGUAGCAAAUGACUUGCAAGUCCAAGGAAGGUAAACACGAGCCUCAGGAAAGGCUUUUGGUCUUAAGGAGGAGAUUUCUCCUGAUUUACCAGGAUUCUGCUGGUCUGCAAGACCGCAUCACACCGAUCCUGCUAAACUUCAUUACAUAAACUUGUAAGCAUAAUUGUGCUUCUGUAGUCUGUGUUGGAGAAAUAUCUCUCUCCUGUGAAGCAUCGUGGAAACCCGCCACGGCUCCUUUGUGACGCCCACUCCUCUUAUUUAUUUUUCGGAUAAAAACACUCCCCUGUUAAAGAAGGCUCGUAAUGCUCACCCGAUCAAUCAUUUCAAUGGACAUAGCGACUUUUUUUCAACACAUAGAUGCAGCCACAGAAACAAGGAAACAAACACGUGAAUCCUUUCUACAAGCUCCCUCCCUCACUUAUCCAUCAGUCUUCCACCUGUCUCCAACUACUGCAGCUUACUCUGCCUAAGAAGCAAGGGAAAGUCUCCCGAAGCAACAAGGAAACACACACCCACCUGCUCAAUUUAUAACAGAGGCCCUAAACUAUACACCAGAAUGCCCGUCUUAGGGAAAAAACGAGAAACCGCACCUUGCUCAGGAAGGCCUUGAAGGGACACUUCUGAUAUGAGAGCUUCAUUAAUUAUUUUUCUGGAAAGAAAAGUGUGCACAGUCAUCAAGGGUCAUAACUAGACAUUAAGAACUGAUUCUUGUAUUGAUUGGGAAACUGGCCUUGAUGAUAAUUUCCAUAUCCUUGAAUAAACUUAUAGACCUUCAUGUCAUGAAUAGUACGUACAUCAUAAGGUGGUUAUGGUAUAGUUAAGUCAGGGAUUCAUCGACAUGUCUAGCACUCAGGAGGUCAGGGUAAAUUUCAAUUAUUUUUAUUAAAGCAAUAAAGUAAAUUGGCUACGUUAAUUCUCUUGUGUGUUAAAAAUAAAUACUGUGUUACAUCAUGUAAGCUGUCUCUAAUUUAAUUAUAUUUCAAAUGGGACUGGGCAAUCAUUGCACAUACUUUUUUAUUCUGCUCUCUUUUUUUCCCCUUGUCCUGUUUUUGCUAUGGGGAUGCCAGCAGCGAAUGAAGCCAAUUAUGUUAAGUUCAACAUUGCAAAUAUUUGUUGAGCAUCGAUUAAAAGCCAAGCAUUGAUGUGAGCCUUGGAUAUGAAGUAGAAGAUUUCCUUCCCUACAAGAGCUUACAGCCAGAAAAGGAGUCUAUGCUGACGAGAAGAAGUCAGGAAAUUGCGUUCUGGAGUGUUCCCGUUAGCUUAAGGGGUAUAUCCUCGCCACUAUGGGUUGAUUCCUUUGUGUACUCUCAGAGUCCAUUUUAGUGUCCUCCACUCCAGGUACACAGUUUUGAGGACAGAAUAGACAGAGCAUGAGGAAGUGCUCCUGCAGAGGAACCAUGUUUUAAACAACCCCUCCACUAGUAUUAACAGUGUUGAGAGUCAUUCAGUGUGCUCACUGGAACGUUAUUCCAUUCCAUAAAUCAGACAACUCUUAUUCUUUCAUCUACUUUCAAAUAAGGCUCAACCAACGUAACAGAAAAAUUAAACAGGAGAGACAGGAGAAAAUAUGUUUCAAGAAAGGUCUCACUUCCUACUACAUAGCUUAUGGAUAACAACAUUAAUAUUGAACUAUGGGAAAAUGUACUAACAAAUUGUACAUCAUAACUGUGGACUCCUUUUUCCUCAGCUACUGAGUUUCCCAGGUGAAGUGGGGCAUCCCGUUAGAGCAAACAACGUUAAAGAAAAUAGUGAAUUGAAGCUGACACACUUGGGAUGGGAGCGCCGAACUCACAGGCAGAUGCACGCAGCGCAACUCCACUGAAUUUACCAAACAGCAACAGUAGAGAUAAGCAGCCUGUUUUGUGCCGCUGUCUGAAAUUCAUCAGUAUGGCCUGAGUCAUCUCCCUGCUACGAAGCAGGACUCUACACAGGGGUGGGGUGGGGGAGGUAUUGCUGCGGGUAUGAGAAAUUUGAAUACUGAAAUUUGAAUAUUGGAAAGAAUUGCCUCCUUGUAAAGACCUCAGUUUAUCAGAAAUAUCAACUGGAGGGAAGAGAAGAUGUUUACAUAGAAAUGUGACAUUUGGCGUUAUUUCACAUUUGUGCAAGUACAUGAACAAAAUAAAACUCAAUAAAAUUGCUCAAGUAGAGUUUA